CAUCAGAUCUUUAUCCUCAACCGCAAACUUCUUCCACUGAACAAUCUCAAAAUUCAAAUGUCCAAUCUCAAAAUCUAAAUGUCCAAUCUCAAUCUCAUCCAGUACAAUCAAAUCAUCAGUCUCAGAAUCGAUAUCCUGAUCAAGCUCGAAUCCAACAUACAAUCCUUCCAGAUCAAUCACAACAAACUCAAUACAACACAUUCGAUUUCACUCUUGCACUCGUCAAUCCAGCUCCAUCAGAUAAAGUAACCAUGGAUGAUUUUUUCCCUAUAGUCAGUUCUUACCUCGGUACAAUCCCAAUACCACCAUUGUCUUCUUUCCCCGAUUCUCAAUCACACGUCACACAAACGGAAAGUUUAGCGAACAGAAAUCAACAUAGUCCUUUUGGAGAUGAACAAGAGGAUAGAACUUCACACAUAGUUGGACAGAGACAAGACGAAGGGAUGAACUCUACUGAAUUAUGGGCAAGGUUACAAACGUUUUACGAACCUACACCCGCUUCUUGGGGACAAGGUGCGGUUCCUUUUGUUACGUAUGAUGGACAAGGUAUGUUUUAGAUGAUAUCUAAAGUGUGGGGGAAAAGGAAGGGUAUUGUAGCUUUUUAUACGAUCUGUCAGUGUAGAUGAUAUUAAUAUGUUAUAUAUAAUAUAUAUAUAU